AGGCCCCCUCCCUCCCCUUUUCUUUCCAUUGCCUGUGAAUCUUAAAAAAAAAAAGGAGAGAAUGGUUGCCAAAACCCCACCAAAGCUGAGGAGAAUGGCAGCAGCUCCUCUCAAUCCGAAUCUCCUGAGAGAGACGGUGAAGAAGGUCGAUCAAUGCAUGGCUCGAUUGCAGGAACUCCAGUAUACGGUUUCGGGAGGAACGAAAAUGAUAUCUGGUGUGAAUCUCAGUCCUCGUAGUACAAGAGUAUAUCUAAAAACUAGCCUCAGAUGCAAACAGGAAUCGCUUAGGAUCAAGAAUGGUGCCGCUCGGAAGUCUCCAGUUGGAAAGUUUCAAGGAAGCACAACCGGGGAAUGGCGUCGGAUGUCACUGCCGGCGAUGCUAGUCGGAGAGACAGUUGGGGAGAUUCUGCAAGCUAGCAGAUUUGCAAAGGGAAUAGUCGAUGCUGUUGCUGCCAAUACCAAGAAAAUUCCUUCUGAUGAUCCAAAAACACCACUGACCCAAAGAAGAAUCCAAACUCCUUGUCCUGAAAACACAGAGCUUCGGACUCGGAGAAAGAAGGAAAAGCAAGUUGCUUUCCAGUUGAUUAGAUCAGAAACUAAUGGCCAGAGCAUUCGUCGGGCUCGAUCACGGAUUGAUUUUAAGGUUUCACCUCCAAGUAAAAGAGGAUUUGGAAAAGAGAAUUGGCAUCUUGCUCACCGGGUAUCUCCCAAGAAUAAGCCUUGGGCUAAAAAAACUGUUCUUUUUCCAAACCCUUUAUUCCUCAAUUCUCCUUCCUCUCAACAACACAAAUUCUGCAAGACAAGAUCUCCGGUGAUAUCUAGAGCUCGACAAACUCCACAUAAAUUCUUGAUUAAAUCUCCAAAUGCACCAUCGAAAUUACAAGUAAGAGUCAAGAAUACACCUGUUUGUAUAUCUCCCACAAGAUCCAUCAACAUGAGCAAGAAAUCACCCAAGGUCUCGGCGGCCUCAAAGUUGCGAGGAUCUUUCUCUCCAUCAAGGCUGCGAGGAUCUUUCUCCCCAUCAAGGCUCGCAAACAGAUUAGUCUCUCCAUUGAAGAGCAGAGUGUCAGUGCAAAAAUAUGGUGGAUUAAGGAGUGUAUUGAAACAGAGGCCACCAACUCCAACAAGAUCCACUGAUUGGAGAAUCUAAUUGUCACUUUCCAUC